AUGAUCAGCUUCAUUUUGCAAGAAAUACAAUUGCUGACCGUGAAGAACGGGAGUGAUGAUGCAAAAUGGGUUAUCAAACGGGAGAACUUCAAUCUGUGUGAGACCAACUUGCUGCUGAACAGUCCAGAUGUUUUAAACUUGAGUGUCCAAUUAUUUUUUCCGACGAAAGCGGAGACUGCUUCGCAGAAGAAGAGUAGGGUGUCAGCUGUGGCGAUCAAUGCGGAUAUUCGGAGAACGAAGGCUCGGUUGUUGGACGAGGUCCCUAAGUUGCAGAGAUUAGCUGUCGAGAAGAUAGUUUUGAUGUUUGUGGAUAUUGUGAUUGCAUUUCAUGAUUGUGAUAGUUUAAAACUUUCUUUGCACCAAGUUAGGGUGAGGAUUGGGUCCCCUAUUACUGGCUAUGGCCAAGAAAGCAGGAAUCAUGCUGCUCGUCAACGAAUUCCUAAUCGAACAUGGACUGAUGAGGAUGGCAGUGAGCAUGUUGAGGAUGCUGGUAUAAUAAUGUUUGGCUUAGCAUUGAUACUGAAUUUGAUUAUGUAUUAUUUACAGAUCAAUGGAUCACUUGCUAGGAAGGCCAUUAGAAAACUGAUGUUUAGACGUUUGAUCACAAUGGUGUUAGCUCGUUCUAACCAGGAGAUAUACACUAGGGCCAUCAACACCUAG